GGAGCUCGGCUCUGCCCGCACCAACAGGUUCUGCCACCUGCCCGUCCCCUGCCCUGGCACAGGGGUGGCACAGCUCCGACACCUGAGUCUGAGCACAGAGCCGGGAAAACCCCCACCACCCGUGACUCUGAUUUUGAGACAUAAUCUUGGGGUUUAUUUAAAACCGGAUUCCGGCCGCACUGGGGUAUUUAAAUUCGGUUACUUGGCUGCCACCCCAGGACUGAGAGUUGUGUUUGGCCAGUUCCUUGGCUUGAACAUUUCCGAGGCAGUGCCUUCCUCCUAUUUAUAUACAAAAGGGCUGGAUGUAAAACCUUUUCCCACCCUCUGGACCAUGCCCUGAGCUGUUCUCAGGAACCGAAUCUGACCUUGUUUUGUUUGUUCUCUUGGGCUUAUCUUGCACAGAUCGAUAGAUUUGUACCUUGGCUCUCACCUUCUGCCUUGUCGCAGCCCGGCUGUGCCUCGGUCUUUUCCCAACGCCACUUUCCCUCUGUUUUUGUCACUGUGUGCCCUCCUCAUGCUCUGUUUUGCGCAGUUUCACUGUAACUGCUCAGUGACUGGAGGAAAAACCAGCCCCGAGCUCGGGAUGAUUUUCAAACCUCGUGUUGUGUGACCUCCGAGCUGCACAAUCCCUGCGCUGUUCCCCUUAAACUCCUGUAAACAACUGCUGGGUUUUCCAGGCCUGAUCGCUCCCAGCUGCCUUCCAGCCUGGGCUCCCGAACCGAACAAUUAACAGGCAGCUCUCACAAAAAUAGCUUUUAAAUAUAUGCAAGCCCAGCAAUCCACUUGGGACUGGCUGAGGCCGGGGUGUGCUUUCCCAAAUUCCUGCAGUGCCCCCAUCCCACAGCUCCUGGGCUGAGGAUCAGUGUCAGGACAGAACUGUUCUGUUUCCUCCUUGGAGACAGCAUGGCUUCGUGGAGCCAAGGAAAAACAAGUGUUACUAAAUUUAAGCCUCAAGCUAAACCUCAGGUUCCUAUAGAACAGUUUCAUGUCUCGGCUGUUGCAGCUGUCUCGCUGCCGCUGUGUUUUCUGCUGGUUCAAAUGUCCCCGAGGAUGGAAGAGCCUGGGCACUCACAGCUUUGGCUCAUGCUGAUCCACUUAUUCCUGUUUAAGGUGUACCAGGUAAUCAUGUUGUCAUAACAUUUGUAGCAUUUUCUCUCUUUGUCUGCUCACUGAACAGAGGUUUGUAUCUGAAACACCGCACAAAGGAUUCUGGAGCGGUUUGAGGUGAUGAAACAACCUCACAGAAUCGAUGUUGUUGGGAGGUUUCCCUGGAAAAGUACAAAGGUGGAUGAGAAUUGCUACAGGAAUUUUUAAAAAGGCCAUCACAGAUUGUGGGAGGAGAUCACAAAGUACUUCCAGUCUAGUACAGGAGCGGGGAAGAACCCUCAAAUUCUCUUCUCUUAAAUAAAGAUUAAGAAUUCCUGUUCUAUUUUUGCAGGUUAUCUUAUGAAUGAAAGAGCUGAACAGAUUGUUCUAGAGGGCACCUAGGUUGAAGCAGUGAAGAGAAUGGAGCUGUGGAGAUGUCCCGGAAGAGCCCUUUUGCCUCCUGGCUCUGUGCUAUGCUCCACUGCUUUGGGAGCUACAUCCUGGCUGACCUGCUGCUGGGAGAGGCACCCAUUGGCCACUUCAGCCACAACUCCAGUGUCAUCCUGGCCACAGCAGUGUGGUACCUGAUAUUCUUCUGUCCCAUGAACCUCUUCUACAAGUGUGUCAGCUUCCUGCCCGUGAAGCUCAUCUUCGUGGCCAUGAAGGAGGUGGUCCGGGUGCGCAAGAUCGCGGCCGGGGUGCACCACGCCCACCACCUGUACCACCACGGGUGGUUCGUCAUGAUGGCCACAGGAUGGGUCAAAGGUUCUGGUGUGGCCUUGAUGUCGAACUUUGAGCAGCUGCUGCGUGGGGUCUGGAAGCCUGAUACAAAUGAAAUUCUUCAUAUGUCCUUCCCUACAAAGGCCAGUCUGUAUGGCACAGUCCUAUUCACUCUGCAGCAGACUCACUGGCUCCCCAUCUCUGAAGCUAAUCUCAUCUUCUUUUUCACCAUGUUCAUGAUAGUCUGCAAGGUGUUCAUGACAGCCACUCACUCCCAUGCCUCGCCUUUUGCUCCGCUGGAAAACCUCGUCUGCCCCGUCCUCUUUGGCUCUGUUUCCAGUGGGCACCCAAGCCACCACCACGACCACCAUGGGGCCUCCCAUGAGGUUUCCCACCCUCCUCCUCCUCCUGCCAAGUCCAAAGAGGAGCUGAACGAAGGCACGAGGAAACGGAAGGCAAAAAAAGCUGAAUAAAAAAGCCAAGGCGCAGAAAAUAGGCCAAGAAAAUCCUUCCAGAGCUGAGUCUCAGAGCCACCUGUGACCUCCUUCGUGCUCCAGUCCUUCUCUCUCAGACUCCAGAGGAGAGGUGGAAGCCAGGACACUGCCAGCCGGGUCCCUGAAUUUCAUUUUUGCUCUCUGUGCUGCUGCUUGCUUCUUGGUCUCUGCCUCUCUGAUCAGGUUUUCAGGGAUUUGUAGGUUUGUGCCAGGGUGGUAAGUGGGUGCCAGUUCCCAAAUCUGUCAGCAAAUCUGAUGCAGCAUUUUCAAUUGAUGUAAAAUCUUUUCACCAUGUUUAUUUAUGAAUGGAGGGAAUGGUUUGUGCUCCUGCAACUCUUAAGUUCCUUUCAGUUUUCACUGACCUUUUCAGUGUCUGCCAAAACAACAAACUGUUAAGACACAAUGUGGAAAUCAGGUUUCAUACUCGAGGAAAUUAAAUGGCCUGGUCUGGUUUUUCCCCAGCUCCCACAUCUGCCAUAUCUCCAAGUAAUGUGACAUUUUAAAUGCAAUAAGGACAUGGCCUUUGGCCGAGCCAAACCCUGUUCACCUCAGUUCCCUCUGGUUCUCAUGGUCAGGACAGUGUAAUUUGCUGAACCAAGUCUGUGUAAGAGCUCUGAAGCUGUGAAGUGCUCCCAGUGCCAUGUGUUGGCACUGUCACUAUCCCAGGCUGUGUGUGGCAUUGCUGCACCUUGUUACUGAGUGUCCCCCACCCCAAACCUGAUCCUGUUGAACCAGGGGAGAAGCAUGGCUCUGGUUUGUUUGUAAUCCUGUGGGAUACAAGAACAGUGUGUGUGAGUGUAAGUAUUUAUUACUAUUUAUUUAUAAUUGCCAGGGCACCUAAGUCAUGGACCUGAAUCUGGCUUUUUUUUCAACAUUGCAAUUGGAAUUUCUAAUUGUGGCCCUGAGCCCACAGCCAUGAGCUGGUUUGGGCUUGCACUGAUCCUGGUGUGCUCCAGGCCAGCCUGAACUCUCCCUGGGUGCAGGAAGAAACCUUUCCUAUAUUCUUAAAUUCAGAUAGAAAGGCUGAAGCAGGGCAUUUCACACCAGCUGAUGAAAAGCUACUUUAAAGCACUGAUAAAAGCACAUCAGCUGAAAAUAUUGAUUACCUUCUGUAGGUCCCCUCAGGCCAAGCUGCUGGGCUGUGAACUGUGCCCAAUGAGUGAAGAGUCUGAACUGCCUUGCAUGGCUCAGGAGGGGUCUGUCAGCUCAUUUGUGUUCUGCUUAGUGAACACUGGCUUUUAGAGUAGUUCAAAGCUGUUCUUAUAACUGAUUUUGUUCUUAUAAAUGACAUCUUCCAGGGGCUGGGAUCAGCACAGUGAGAGUGCAGGCCUGGGGAUGUAGCACUGGGCAUUUUCCAUCCCUAGCAGUGAGAUUUGCUGCUGUUUCCAUUCCAGCUGGGAAUGGAAACAAGAUUUAAGAGAAGGGAGGGUUUGUGUGUGUGUGUCCCUGUUCCAAACUGCAGCUGAUGGUUGAUUAAAGAUGAGAAGCCAUCCUUGUGUGCAAGCAGAGGAAAGCCAGUAGGAAGGGUCAGAUGAUCUCUGGGCUUGGGGUUUGACAGUGCCUUAAUUUUGUGAGUUUGCCUCCCCUUCAGUAGAAAGCAGGAAUUCUGCCUGGCAGCUCCACUCUCUGCUCCUGCAGGUGCUGCUCUGCUGGAACCUGAUGUGUCACAAGCAUGCACAAGACUGAAUAAAUGUUUUAUCAGAUGUCUGAUGCAAGGGGAAUUUUGUUUUAUAAAAGCUGUCAACAAAUAAAAAUUGUGAAGUGAC